CUCUUCUCUUCUCUUCUCUUCUCUUCUCUUAACUUUCUUCUAACUCUUCAAUUUUCUUAACCUAACUUAAUUUGAUCAAAAUUAUUGAUACAUUCAUUCUUAAAAUGUGUAGAUUUCUUCAACCAAGUAAAUGUAAAAAGAUGGACUCUUUCAUUUUUUGCUUUUUGGUUUCUAUUUUUUAAUUCUUGAAAAAUAGGUGUAUUUAUUAGUAAUCAAUUGACCUUCUUUGUUUUUAAAACUUGAAAUUUGUUUUUUUUUUUUUUUAAAUUAGGGAGAAAAAUGAUUAAAAGAAAAAUUUAAAAAAACAAAAACAUAUUAAUUUUUUUUUAUACAAUAUAAAUUUCACAACAAGUUUUCAUAAGAAAAUAUAGAUACAAUUAAUUAUAGCGGAAGAUUUAUAUAAAUAUAAACCCUAAACUUUACACGUAUAAAUUGAAAUAUUUUCUCUUUUAUUUUUUCCUCCAUUUUCAUAGAGUAAAAUUUGUCAAUGUGUUGUUUGAAGAAGGAAAAGAAAUGUGCAACAACGAUUCCUUAAUCAAACACCCGAUUCGUAAAUCCCGAACCAAAACAAGACGACCCAAAUUCCUCAGUCUCCGAUUACAGUUAACUUCCCCCAAAUUACCACCGAUGAUCCACCACCCACCACCGCCACCGCCACCCCCUCCGCCUCAGAAACAGCUAACUCUGUUUCCCCUGCAUCCAGAGAAUCUACAAGUAGAAGACAGAGAAGACGACGUCGCCUUCAUCUUCGAAAACGACGAUGUCGUAAGUAGCAGCUGCUGCAGCUUACAAAGUUUUCUCCCAAGUUACCAAAACGAGAUGUCAUCGGAGGAAGAGUCUCGGAAUUUGGCGGAGGAGGCAGAGCUUGUACGGACGGCGAUGAGGAACAGAGAAAGGCCGGAAACAGGGGUGGAGGAGAAAUGGGUUUGCUAUUCGGAAGUGGUGGAGAAGAAGGAGGAGGAAGUGACGAGUACGGCGGCGGAUGAGUGGGUUAAGAAGAUUAAGACGAUGAAGAAGAAGAAGAAAAAGAAGAUUAAGAUGGAGAUGAUUGGGAAACAGUUAUGGUUGAAGCUUGAUUAUGAAGGGAUAUUGAAUGCUUGGCCUGAUAAAGCUCCUUUGUUCAUCAAUGGAGAAUCACCUCAGACCGUUCCUGAUCUUCAUGAUGAUCCAUAUCUCUGCUCUGAUUCUCUUCUUAGUAGAAAUGUGAUGGAUGGAAUAGGAAGUGAAGGGCAUAACAGUAGUAACAAUAAUUAUAAUAAUAAUAGUAGUAGUAGUAAUGUAUGGAAAGUCCCAGAAAUUGGAAUAUUGAAGAAAGAAGGAUUAAUGUUAGAAGGAAAAGAAGGAUGGAAAAUGGGACAAAGAGAGGCAAGUGUUUUGAGAUAUAAAGAAAAAAGGCAAAGCCGUCUUUUCUCCAAACGUAUUCGCUAUGAAGUCAGAAAACUCAAUGCCGAAAAGCGUCCUAGAAUGAAGGGUCGUUUUGUGAAAAGAAGUUGAGAAUGUGAAGAAACACUCCAUUUUGGACAGAAGGGCAUUCCAGGAAAUGCAGCAACGUAGUGUUCUCUUUUCUUCUUUUUAAAUAAUUUUAUUGUUUCUUCUUUUUUCUCUACUUUUAUAGAUAAUGUUGUACUAAUAAAAUAUGAUAAAUGUUAAAUAAAAAACAUUGGUUUAGGGAGAAAAAAAAAGGAAAAAAAAAAAGUUCAUGCUUGUCCAUUAACAAGUAAUGAAAUGAGUGGUGUGUCAAUCAUCACAUUAUGUGGUUUCCAAUUCCAUUAACAUUGAUAAUUAGACAUCAACUGAUAUAUUAUUGAUGUCAUAAAAAUAUUAAUUAUAAAAUCUUAUGUUGUUUA